CACGAUUAGCACCCUACGCCUUUGUUCUCUGUCGCUCGCAUCGCCUCUUCAUCACUUCUCUGGGCUACCAGUCGUCACACCUUGCCUCCGAUCUAUGACAUCUUACAUACUGUGUACACAUCCAUAAUCUGGCACAGUGCAAGCAUCCUCACAAUACACUACGCCGCACCUCCUGGUCCGUUGCUGCCAUGGCCCUGCAGGCCUCCUUGGCUGUCCAACCCCCUGACCAGCAGUCCGAGGAGACGGACGCCUGGAGGACAGCUACGCGCCUACGCACACAAAGGCAAGAGCAAACAGGCCAUGCUCCAACGCAAGCACCACCACAGCAGGAUGUAGUAACAUCUCCACCCUCAAAGUCUCAAACUUUAUCGAAUCACAUACGACAAGCUGCGCUCCUGUCCUCGCAGUGUCACGAUGUGUCCGUCGCAGCCUUCGACCGGGUGUAUCGCCUGCACCGCAUCUUCCUCGUGCAGUCCUCAUUCUUCUCAUCUAUGCUACGAGGCGGCUUCUCGGAAGGCCUGAACUACAGACCGCCAGGCAUGAACUACAGCAGCAGCAGCAGCUCCUCCGACUCAGGGUCCACAUUGAGGCUUACCUUUGAUGAUCCUAACAUCACCAGACCAGCGUUCGAGUACUGUAUCGCACACCUCUAUGCCGCCGCGCCUGAGCUGAUCCUCCCACAAUGGGCCAUUGCGAGCACCGCCCAGCCCUUGUCUUCCUACUGGCCGCCCACCUCGGGACCGCGAAGCCGGCCUCUGCCCAUCGCAGCCGCCUCUGCGACGGGAGAUUAUCAGCCGGCUACCCCGCGUUUCCUCGUGUCCCUAUUGUGCACAUCACUAUGGCUCGGUGUCCCAAGCCUCACAGCCUCAGCUUUCACCCUCAUCUUGGCUUCCUUCACGCCAUAUACCGUCUCAACCUAUCUGAGAUUUGCGCUGGGGCGACCGCUGAUCGGAGCUCAGGAAGCAAGAGAGAGGGGCGAGAGCAGCGAAGCUAUUUGGGACUGGGAGCUUGAGGGACCCUGCUGGGGUAUGGAAUCUAUUGGGACGCUCGAGCAAGGGCGGGGAGCAAGCUACGAGACCUCAAGUACUGCAGCUCCCAUGCAGCGGACGGACACUAGCAGGACAGCCGUCUCGAGCUAUCAUUCUGAUUACGAGGAUGCACCCUCUGACGAGGGAGACCAAGAUCACAAACCGACUCGUUCGUCCUCCAUUCGCCUCAGCGAGACGAGGCGUGGAGCGCGGAAUCGUAGUCGCUCAUCACUUCGGCAGGACCUCCAAGACGGCGAAGACGAUCAGAGGAGCGCCAGCGGUAGUCGGGUGUUCAAUCACAAGCAUCAGCCGUCAGCUAAUGCCGCACCCAAUGUAGCGGGAAGCAUCCCAGGAUCAUAUGACCCGUCAUCCUACGAUACGUUUGGCAGAGCGGCACCUCCUCCAGAGAUAAGCCUCGACUAUGGGCCUUACGGGCGAAGAGUCGCGGAGAGCUGCUUCUGCUACUUUGCAAGGUGGGGCCGGGAGAUAGCAGCUGCCGAAGAAGUCAAAUGGGGCCGGGACGAAGCUGCUUUACAUGCUCUUCUAGACUCCAUGGAGCGGGGCCAGGACGCAGCUCAUGGCCAGGCUCUGGUUUGCGAAGCCGUUGCUCCGUAUCUAUUGCCCCGAGGAUGUCUUCCAGCGAGACUGCCCGACGAGCCUUCAGCAGCUGGAGCAUGGCGACCGGGAGACAAGAAAGUUCAGAUCGAGGCUGCUGUCCAGUGGGAUCUACCGUGUCCGGCGCUCAACGUCUUCUCUCAUCCGGCUCUCUCUCACACUCUCUUUGAGAUCCGCUCACUUGGCCUCCCAUUCACUCCAGGGCUCACAGAGGAGCUUAUGUACUUCGUCGAUCCGAUGUCCGGCUCCUCGCUGGGUCUAGCAUCGUCUCAUCUGGUGGAUUUCCUGAGCUCGGAUGCUUUCUUCGUGCGGAAUGAGCUGCAGCGGUACGAUGUGGCCAAGAACAUCGUCACCUUCAGAAGAGACCAGAAGGCCCUCGUCGAGGAGUUGCAAGAUGCACUUGGACUGCUAGAUGAAGGAUUCGGGUAUGCCUACACGGACGACAGUCAACUGGGCGCACCUACAGACACAUCAGCCUUUGUCAAGGCCGAACCCACAGACAGCCAGGAUUUUGGGUCCAGCCCUUCGAGGCAUGACGAUUCAGUAGCCGGAAGAGUGAGAGCUAGGAGUCGGGCCGGCUCAUCUGCUUCGGCCAGGCCAUGGACGACACCGCCUCGUCUUCUCUCGUCUGCAGUGCUACCGACAGGAGCGCCUACACCUUCCUCUCGCAACCUCCCCUCAUCCCGUCUCAACACUCAGCACCACGCUGAUGAUGCUUCAAUGGAUCUCGACGACUCAUUUCAGGGCAGUCGGGCGCCCAAAAGCUGGCUUGCACCAAACAGAGAGGGCGACGAAUUUCAAAUGCUCGAGGAAGACGAUGUUCACUAUGCUCGGCUGUUUGAGCAGGGCAUCUACUACUCGCACCUCGACUUUGACGACCUCAAGAGGCUUAGCGAGGAAGCUGCUAUGCUAGCUGAUGCAGGGCGAGAGACGGAGGAUGGAUACAGCGACAGCGAUGGCGAGAGCCGGAGAGCUGGGGAAAGAGGGUCUGUUCUGUCUUCUCGUCGACAAGCUGCUACCCAGAUGUUUGCUCCCGUUGAAGUACUUCAGGCUGCCCUAUGGGCCGGUCACGACCUUCGAGCUCGCGUCAUGGGUGCUGGACAGUCAAGUCAAGAGGAGGGUGGGGUGGAGAGCAUAAGACGUGGACUAGCCUUCAUGGGCGACAGCAAUGCAGAGGGACUCCCUGCUUCUACAAGUGGAGUGCUUGAAACAGGCGCCGGAGUGCGUUCACAAGAGGGGCUGAUAACCGCUCCUGAACGUGACGAGUCGCUAUUAGGCAUUUCUAGUUCCCUGAAGCAAUUCGCCCAAGCCUUUCAGCAGACGAUUGCCGGUCAUUCCCGACGCGGUCCUGCUCCGCGCUUUGGCAGAGGCGCAAGGGGCGAGACACCCAGCACUCCCCUUGGGUCACCCCUGAGAGCCGCGGCAUCCCGCAGCACACCCGAAGGCACAUCUUUGACUCUGGGCGGUCUAUCGUAUUCCCCGCUCACCCCAGGUGGCGUGAGAGCGGGCGGUGCGCACCCUGCGGCAAAGAACCUGUUGAACAAGCGCUACUUCUCUGUUCCCGUCGAUGACACAGUGCGAUACGGAGAGUACUUUACUGGUCUUUUAGGUGCGAGCUCUUCGAACGGACAAGCAUCGGGCGCAUCAGCUUCCAUUGCGACCGAUCCAAGCUACGCCUCUGAUGCAACAGGUCUGGCAGCUAUGAGAGAUCCAUUAUCUUUACCUGCCACUGUCCCUCCUCACGCACGUACAGCAGUGAAGAAGAUUCUGCCCGUCAUAGCCGACUCUCUUCUGCUCUCCAAUGUAGACCGCUAUCUCACUGGUGGCCCGCUCUCGGACAUGAAGCGCAUUACUGGCAACCUCUUCGGCCUGAAGAACAAAGCUAGUACGGGCAAGGCUCUUGGCAAGGUCGGUGUCGAAGUCAGCCGCAAGAAGGCCGUGCUGGAUGGCGAAUUGCAGGGCGAUGUUCCUGCUUCGCCAUCGUCAUUCUUCUCUCCUGGCAAGUCUCGUACGGCGCAGUCCGUCGGAAGUCGCUCGAACCCCAUUGACCUCAGCAACAGCGGCGGUACUCCAGAGGGCAGCGCGCAAGAGCCUCCAGCAAAUACAGCUCGUGACGAGGAGGAGAGAGGCAGUGGAUUCGGACAGCGCAACAAUAUCACUCCUGCUGCGCAUUCCGAAGACGACCGUGACUUUGACAGCGGCCUACAGCUUGCACGACUCGAGACUCGCUCCUGGACCGGCUUCGAGCCCAUGCGCAUUGGCGUCGAGUACUAUGGUUUGGAUCUGCUGGAAGAGAAGCAUCGUCUCUACUCGCCCAGCUUCUUCUACGCUGGCAGCGUCUGGAACCUGUAUGUGCAGACGAUCAGAAAGCCAAAGGGCACUCAGCUCGGGGUGUACCUCCACCGCCAAAGCCCAAUGGAGCCCCUUCCGCCUGCAACAGCUAGCCCAGAGAGUGUAGCGAACUUCUAUCAUGGCACGCAUGGAGGAGGUGGAGCAAUCACGACGACUCCUGGAGCUCCAAGAGAGGCUGGAGCGACCCUGAUAGACGAGCAACUUCAGCAAGGCGUUGCAAGCGGGAGCAAUGGCGGUGCGAGAGGACGUCUGCCAGGUCAGCAAGGGCAGGGUCAGGGUCAGGGUCAGGGUCCGGGACAGGUACCACACCUGCCGGCGCGUCUUGACUCUCUGCCUAUCAACAGCAACCUCAGCCUUCCGCUCAAUGCUGCCGCCAACGCGGGUGCAAAUCAUAAUGUCAACGCCAAUAGAGAUGCGGGAGGUACACCACCUCCUCCCAGGUACGGCGCCGCCUUCACCCAGCCGGAGCUGCCCUUCACUGCCGUUUCCCCUUCCGUACCUAGCAAUGGCCCUCCCGUCUUGCCGGGGAUCUCUCCCGCUGUGCCCUAUCGCGACCCACGACGAUUGGUCCGCGCCUUCUUCUCCAUCCACUGCCACGCCCCGCUCGGCUCGGCCCUCACGCGCUUCGAUUCUGGUCCGGAUCGCUUCUUGGAGAGUCAAAGUUGGGGGUGGAAGAGUAGCUCGCUUAUGGGUGUUUGGGAGCUGCAGAAAGGAGCGUUGAGCGGCGGAAGGGCGGAGACGGCUGAUGGGUUCCGAUGUGUGGUGACGAUGGGUGUGAUCUAGAGCAGUGAGGUGUGAAGUAGCAUAGAGGUCGCUCGGGCGUUACUGUUCGCCCUGAUGCUCUGCUGCUUCGUGCGUCUCCCAUAUUUUCAGAUGAAAAUACCUCAGCGUUGCAACAUCUGGUAUCAGC